AUUAAAGGAUAAUUUUUAAUGGAACACCCACUCACCAAAUGAAAACAAUUAGAAUGAUACUUUACAAUAUUGUACACACACACACACUUCUAUCCUCAUCUAUACAUAUUCUUUACCUAAAUCCUAAUUUUUCCUCUUCACCAUCCCAAACCUACGUAUUCAUCUUCAAUGAAAAACAUUUGAAACCACCUAAUCAAUUAACGUUUUGUUUGGUGGUUUCACAUGUGUUCGAUAUUUCAAAUUAGUUAAUAUUGCAAAUAAUCUUAUUAGACUUCGAGUUUAUACAUUUAUAGUCAUUUUCACCAUUCGUUGACACUUAUAAAGCAAUGAAAGACGAUGACAACAACUCUGAUGAGAUGGGCAUUGCAUUUGUAAGUUUAUUAUCUUGCAUUUAUGAUUCUGGGUCAUUUUCGAUUCGGUAUUAGUUUGCCAACUGUUAAGGUUCUGUUUAGUAAUAGAGUACUAAAUAGAAACAUUUAUUUUGGCUCUGGAGUGCCGAACGGUUCCAUUUUGUAAAAUUUUUUCCCUAUUUCUGUUUUUUUUGAAAGUUUUUCCAUCUAAAACCCCUGUAUCAAAGGUUUUACUUCGAAAUAAACAACAACAACAACAACAACAAUAAUAAUAAUAAUAAUAAUAAUGUGAUGGGGAGUUGGAGGUUACCUGAGAGAAGAAGAAAGAGUCCGUCGACUGAGAUAUUGUCGUUCACAGUGACAAGGCGAAAAAGACCAUUGUUUAUGAGAAGAGAAGAGAGGGACAGUUGAUUCAUUUCUCAAUCGUCUCUCAAUCGUUCAUCGUUUACUGAGAGAAGAAGAAGAGAGAGUGUGUAAAAUUAAACGGGUGUGCACUUAGGUGUGAUGAUAUUAUGAAUAUGGGUAAAAUCGGUAUUAAGUGGAGUAAAAUUAGUAUUAAGUAGAGUAUUCAAAAAAAUCUUAUUAAAAUUUAGGGUUUAAGGUGGGGGUUUAAAGAAGUAGAGGGUGUAAAGAAAUUAAGUAGGUGCUAGUAGCAGUUCUCAAAUUUUAAAAUAAAAAUAGAAAACAAGAAACGAAAAUGCUAGUGAACCAUUAGCAUUUUUUGCCCUUAUUUUUGAGAGUAAAAAAUUCAAGAAAAUUAUUUUUGAAAAGCAAAAGUUGAGAAGGUGACCAUGGGGAUGCCAUCUUUAAUUGAUGGAUGCAUGCUACAAAUGGUAAGCCACAACAAAGUAGUCCUUGGGAUGAAAAUCAUGUAGUUUUUCAUUUCAAGACUUGGUUGGCCUUAUCCAAAACUUGAAUUGGGGAAAUGAUAAGAAGCUAUAUUUUGAACAGAAUAAAAAGCUGGUUCAGGAUAUGGUGACCCCACUUUGAAUACAAGUGUUUCAACUCAUUCUCCAUAUUUAUUUAUUGUUGCUAAUUUUAUGUUUAUAUCCAAUCCCAUGAACCCCCCCUCAAACCACCACUACCCAUCUCUUCUCUUCUCUUUUAUCCCUCUGUUUCAACAUUCAAAUGGCUCAAAACUCCUUGUUCUACAAGAACUUUUACACCUCAUUGCAACCCAUGAAAUCCCAUGAAAUCCAUUCUUGUAAAACUGAAACAGUUUUCAAUCCAACGAGCUUCUUCUUCUUCUUCUUCUUUGAGUCCAUAAUUCCCUCUAGAUCAGUGCUUCAAUUAUUUAUAUAUAUAUAUAUAUAUAACAAGAGAAGAGGCAUGAAGGCGGUAUAUGCUUCGGAUUUUAGAAAUGUAUUCAUCCAAGGUCUUGCAUGUGGAGAUGGAAGUACAAGUGGUGCAGCCAAGGAUGACUUGCCAGAAAUUUCUCUUCAAAUGUGUUGUGUCUCAUUAUUUUGAAGUGCAAAUGAUUUUUCCACCCAAAAAACCUAACAUUUGCUGUCAUAUUUAUGACUAAUUUUUUUAAGCGACACUGCAUUUGUAGUAGAGAGAACCGGCAAGUUGUCAUUGGCUACAUCUCUCUCUUAUAUUCACAUGUCAGAUCUAUGAUGAUUAUAAUAAUAAUAAGUUCAAAUUACCGGUGAUGUUGCAACAGUAAGUUCCUCAAUUUUCUUCAUAUACAAGUCUAGUUUUCACUCAUUUUUUAAUGUAGUUAUCAUUUCAUUUAUGUAAAGCAAAACCCGUAUCAUGUUCAGUAGUUCCUAUGGACCUUACUGUUGAAUGCAUAUUGGAAACAUGCACAUUUUGGUGUACAUUGUCGCAGCAAUUCUUUUUACUUGUGUUUUUAUCUUCUUUUUAUUAUUAUUAUUUUUUUUCUUGGUGAUUGAAAUUUUAAUAGUAUGUCCUGUUCUUUUAAUUUGUGCUUGUGACUUGGUCAAGUAUCAUUCUUUUCAAACCCUGAGCAAUGGAUUUUAUAGUAAAUUCACAACCAAAAUCGCCAGUCCCAAAACUUUUGUUCCCUUGUAUUUGUCAUUUUAUUGAACACAACAUGUUCAAGUGCCUCUUUUACCUAAUCAUAGGUUGGUUUUAAGUUUCACAACUCUUUGUUUUGCACUUAAGUACCCUACAAACUCAAGUUUUACAAGUAAUUUUUACAUGAACUUGAGUUUUGUUGAUCGCUUUUAUGUGAGAAACAUGGAUAUGAUCAUGGUAUGAGGUUACUAAUCAUGGUAUGAUGUGUUGGUGCUUGAUGAAAUCACUGAUCUUCAAUUUUAAAAAUACAAUACGAUGGAGCAGGUAGGAGUCUAGAAAAUUUAAUCCCCAUCCUAGCAAAGGUGGACUACUUACAGAAGCAUGAAUCCAUGCCACUUGAGAUCAGCAAAAACCUAAUACCCACAUUGAAAGCUUUUAAUUGGUGAAUUACAUGAAAGAGUACAAACUAGAUUUGCUUUUCUACUUUGUAUAAAUGCAUGUCUUUCUCUCACCCUCUUCCAAAAGCAGAAAGAAAAUAGACAAAUGUGAAAAAAUGAAAACAGAGCAAAUUGAAGCUGCUGAAGCUUCUAGAGCUCCACCACCAAGGGGAAACAAGGGGAUUGCCAUAGUAGACCUUGUUCUGAGAGUUGUUGCACUUCUUGGAACAUUAGGAAGCACGGUGGCUAUGGGAACUACCAAUGAAACACUCCCUUUUUUCACUCAAUUCGUGCAAUUCAAGGCCCAAUACAAUGAUAUUCCAACCUUCACGUUUUUUGUGAUUGCGAAUUCGAUUGUGUGUGGUUAUCUUGUUCUUUCUCUGCUGCUGUCAGUCUUUCACAUUGUCAGGAGUGGAGUGAAAAUCAGUAGAGUCAUCUUGAUCUUCUUUGAUACGGUAAUGCUGGCUCUACUCACUGCUGGAGCUUCUGCAGCAGCAGCCAUUGUAUACUUAGCACACAAAGGGAAUGCUUCAGCAAAUUGGUUGGCUAUCUGUCAACAAUUCAACAACUUCUGCGAUCGCAUCUCUGGAUCUCUGAUCGGGUCUUUUGGUGGCAUUGUCGUGUUUAUGGUGAUGAUUCUGCUGUUGGCCAUUGCAUUAUCGCGAUGCUAAUGCUAUGCCCAUAAGGAUGAAUGUAGUUAUGUCAGUACUAUGUUUUUUAGUGAAAAAUUUAUGUUUGUUGUAUUUCUAAGUAAUUAUUGACAUCUAAAUUUGCUUUUAAGUUGCAUAUUCUUGUCUUUCUUGUUCACAUAAGUUUGGAUAAGUUGCAUAUGCUUUAUGUACUUUGAUUAAUCUCCUUUUUUACAUGCUUGAUUAAUGUUAUAUAUUAUGUGUUGGGAUUUUGUAUUACAA